AUGCACUUCACAAGAAACUACACCAAGUCCGAAAUGGUCCUAUCGGAAACCACAAUGAUCUAUUGGAGUAACUUCGCGAGGACGGGGAACCCCAAUGAAGCUCCAGAAGGAGAUUCCUCCCAUGGAGGAAGGCAAGAAAGGAGCAGAUUCAAGAACGUCGAAUGGACAGCAUACGAGGGCGUUCACAAAAAAUACCUCAAUUUAGACACCAAGCCGAAGCUGAAGAACCACUAUCGCGCCCACCGGCUCUCCUUCUGGCUCAACCUGGUGCCGGACCUGCACCGCCCGGGCGGCGACGACGUGCCCCCCGCCCACCACCGGCUGCCGCCCGACGACGACCCGCCCACUGCGCCACCGCCUACCCUGAAUCCCCGGCGGCCGCCCACCACGGAGGGCGCGCCCGGGCAGCCGGCCAGGGCGGGCGGAGUGCUGGCGGGGACGGCGGGGUCUGCCUUCGAGUCGACGGAGAGGGUAGAGGAACUAGGAGGUAUCAGCACCACAAGCCAUCCCAUCGAAGAUGGCUUCGCCGCCUACUCGACAGCGCUCAGCGUCACGAUUGCCAUCGGCUGUUCGCUCCUCAUCCUCAACGUCCUCAUCUUCGCUGGGGUCUACUACCAGCGUGACAAGACGAGGAUGAACGAGAACAACGGUGGCAGCCACCAGCCGAAGAAGCGCAACGAGAACGGCCAGAUGCCCAACAACAUCUGCGGCGACCUCGAGAGCAGCAUCAUGGGCGUGAAGGGCGACCCCGCCACCAUCCUGGGCCACCACCACUCGCACCACCAGCUGCCGCCCCCGGAGUUCGCGGACCUGCCGCAGAACAACUCGACGUUGCCGCGACCGCCGCCGCCGCCCAAGCUCUCCAAGGCCAACGUCAACACGCUUUCUGCGCACCAGGUGCCAGAGAACCAGCCUCUGCUGUCCGCGCACGGCAUUCAGCUGAUGCACACGGGCACGCUGACCAAGAAGAACACGCAGAUGAACGCGAAGCACAACAUCAAGAUGGAGGAGCUGCGCGUGUGA